AUUUAACUAAAGACUAAACAGAACACACAGUUGUCUUCGUGGAUUGGUAUGCGCGUACAGUUCCCGGAAUGCCCAAGGAAAAAUAUGACCCGCCAGACCACAGGCGGAUGUACACAAUAAUGUCCAGCGAGGAAGCGGCCAAUGGGAAGAAAUCUUACUGGGCUGGGCUUGAAAUAACCGGAAAUGUGCGGAGUCUCAGCACAGGGCUGUGGUCUCUCACUCACCUCACCGCUCUGCACCUCAGUGACAACUCCCUGUCACGCAUCCCGCCUGACAUCGCCAAGCUGCAAAACCUAGUGUACCUGGAUCUGUCGUCCAAUAAGCUCAGGAGCCUGCCAGCAGAGCUCGGCAACAUGGUGUCUCUCAGGGAACUCCUUUUAAAUAACAACCAGUUGCGGGUUCUGCCAUUUGAAUUGGGGAAACUGUGUCAGUUACAAACACUGGGGUUGAAAGGAAAUCCACUUGCACAAGAAAUCAUGAGCCUCUAUCAGGAACCAGAUGGUACUCGACGACUUCUAAACUACCUGUUGGACAAUCUCGCUGGAGCCAUCAAGCGAAUUCCAACGGAGCAGCCGCCAUCCAGGUCAUGGAUAGUGCUUCAGGAGUCUGAUAGGACAAGGCCAGCAGCCUUGUUCUCAGUCAUGUGCUAUAACGUGCUGUGCGAUAAAUAUGCCACGCGCCAGCUCUAUGGUUACUGUCCAUCCUGGGCUCUUAACUGGGAGUACAGGAAGAAGGCUAUCAUGCAGGAGAUCAUGAGCUGUAAUGCAGAUAUCAUCAGCUUACAGGAAGUGGAAACGGAGCAGUACUAUAACUACUUCCUCGUAGAAUUGAAAGAGCAGGGAUAUGAUGGAUUCUUCAGCCCAAAGUCUCGAGCCAAAACGAUGUCUGAAUCAGACCGGAAACACGUGGACGGAUGUGCAAUAUUCUACAGAACAGAGAAGUUCAGUGUGGUGCAGAAACAUACAGUGGAGUUCAACCAGCUGGCCAUGGCCAACUCAGAGGGUUCUGAGGCCAUGCUGAAUCGGGUCAUGACCAAGGACAACAUCGGAGUUGCAGUACUGCUGGAGCUAAGGAAGGAGAUGAUGGAGAUGUCAUCGGGCAAAUCUCUUCACAGCAUGGAGAAACAGCUCCUCCUAGUGGCCAAUGCUCACAUGCACUGGGACCCUGAGUAUUCAGACGUCAAGCUUGUACAAACCAUGAUGUUCCUCUCAGAGGUGAAGAACAUCAUGGACAAGGCCUCGCGCAGCCUCAAGCUCUCCUCUGUGUCUGGUGAAACCAAUGCCAUUCCGUUGGUGCUGUGUGCUGACCUUAACUCACUUCCUGAUUCUGGUGUGGUGGAGUAUCUUAGUACAGGAGGAGUGGAUUGCACCCACAAGGACUUCAAAGAGUUGCGCUACAGUGAAAGUCUGACCAACUUCAACUGUAAUGGGAAAAAUGGCUCAUCUAACGGCAGGAUAACACAUGGUUUUAAACUGAAGAGUGCCUAUGAGAAUGGGCUUAUGCCUUAUACCAACUAUACCUUUGACUUCAAGGGUGUCAUUGACUACAUUUUCUACUCAAAGCCUCAUUUGAACAUCCUGGGCAUCCUGGGCCCAUUGGAUCCUCACUGGCUCUUGGAGAACAAUAUCAGUGGCUGCCCGCAUCCCCACAUCCCCUCCGAUCACUUCUCGCUGUUUGCACAAUUUGAGCUGGUCCUGCCUCACCCCUCUACAGUCAAUGGAGUCCACCUGCCUGGACGCAGGUAGU